CAACCUGGAAAUCCUGACAGCCAUUGUCACCAAGUCGUUCUUUCUCUGGCACAUGUCAAUAAUUUGGGACAAAGUCAACAAAACAUCACAUCACCACCAGUAUUUGCAGUUUACGCCAUCGAGCAACCGGCCAAGAAGCUUGACUGCUUGAAGCACACCAAUGCAUCCUCAUUACCUUUUCUGAAAAAAAGCCAAAGCCGAAGAACGCCACCACCACAAGCAACUCAACCCAAGAGCCACGCACGAUGCUAGCCGCACUUCGACCGCUCCAAGCGGUCCUCCUCGGCCUAGCGCUCGCGACCUCUGCUGUCCUCGCGACAGACACAAACCCCAUCGUCAAAGACCCCAUCAACAAGCUCUCCUACAAGGGCACCAUCACCACCCCCCCCAAUUCACCAGAAAAAACCACCAAAAUCGAACACUUCCUCAACAUCCGCUUCGCCCAUGCUGCCCGCUUCACCCCUCCCUCACCCUUCCUCCCCUCCCCCGGAUCUACCAUCGACGCCACCUCUCCCGGCCCCGCCUGCCCGCAAUCUCUCCCCGCCAUCCCUCCCUUCUUCUCCGAAACUCACGCGAUAAGCGAAGACUGUCUCAAUUUGCGCAUCUCCCGCCCCUCGGGCGUUAAGGCAGAUGCAAAAUUACCGGUGGUGGUCCAUAUCCAUGGUGGCGGGGUAGUCAAGGGGUCUGCUUACGAUCCCCAUUUCGACCCCGACCGUCUGCUGGCGUUGAGUGUGGAGAUGGGGCAGCCGGUGAUUUAUGUGGCGAUCAAUUAUCGACUUACCAUCUUUGGGUUUGCGCGGUUGCCGAUCCUAAAAGAGCAGAAAUCCCUCAAUCUGGGCAUGAGGGAUCAGAGAGUGGCGCUGGAAUGGGUCAGAGACAACAUUGACCAUUUUGGCGGGGACCCUGAACGGGUGACGGCGUUUGGAUUAUCUGCUGGAGGAACGUUUACGAGUUUGCAGAUGGUUGCGUAUGGAGGGGCUAAAGGGGCGCCGUUUACGAGGGCGUGGAUGAUGAGUGGACCGCCGGGGACGGCGUUGAAUAUGACGAGUGAGGAGACGGAGAGGCAUACUAGGGAGGUUGCUGAACGGGUGGGUUGUGAUUCUACCAAGAAAAAUGACGAGGAGGUGUUGGAGUGUUUGAGGAAGGUGCCCAUGGAGGAACUGACGGAGAAGGCGAUGGGGUAUUCGGUUGAGAAUCAUCCGCCUGCUGGGUUGUUUACUUUUAUUCCUUCGGUGGAUGGUGACUUCAUCCCGGACCGUCAAUCGGUUCUUUAUCAGUCCGGGAAGUUUGUCAAGGGCAUCCCAACAAUCCUCUCCUGGGCACAAGACGACGGCGCCACCAACGCCGGCCCCGCCCCCCUCUUUACGUCUGAAGAAUCCAUGAUCCCCGCCCUCCACUCCUUCACCGGCCCCUCCUCCCUCACCCCCUCCGACAUCACCACCCUCUUCUCCCUCUACCCCGCCUCCGACUUCCUGCCCGAAUACCUCUCCUACGCCUCCUGUCGCGACCCGGACUCGGGAGACCCAGAAGCACCAAUCCACUACUUCCGCAUCUCGCGCAUCCUGCGCGAUAUCUUAUUCACCUGUUCCAGCAUCGACUUCGGCUACCAUUUAUCCCGCGCUUCUUACGCCGAAAAUCCGGACUUUGCCGGGGUAAGACUGUAUACCCUGAACCAAAGUAUGUUGACCCCGCUCUUCAAGGGCGCGGGCAUGCCGUAUCUGGGCGCGGUGCACGGGAGUGAUACGAAUUAUAUCUUUAACGGGGUUUUCCCGGAGUUGGGCGAUGCUUGUUCGGAGGAGGAUGGCAAGUUGGCGAGGGAGAUGGCGGGGGCUUUUGUGAGGUUUGCUGCGACGGGGGAUCCGAGCCCUAGUAGUUCCAAGGACAACAAGAAAAGGGGGGAGGGGGAGGGAGAUGAGGAGGGGUGGGAGUGGCCGGAGGCGUUUGGGGGUAAGGACGAGUUGUUGGAAGAUGGAGUUGGGACCAAAGGAUUGGAAGAGCUACGGGGAGUUAAUGUGCAUGUUAUUGGCGGGCCGGUGGGGACGGGGAGUUGUAGGGUUAGACAUCAUGGGAUUGUGGCAGGUGAGCAAGAUCUGGGGAGCAUGCAGAAGCCGAUUGUGGGAGAGGGGGUGGAGUAUGGGGAGAUGGGAGAGAAGGAUGAGGAUGAGGAGUCUACGGCGGCUAAGAAACCGGAGCAAGUGAGGAGGAAGAGGGAGGCGCUGUUGGAGAGGGAGAAGUUGCUUAAGCGGUGUGCGUUCAUCAAUACUUUGAACGAGAAGCUGGGCGUUUGAGUUGGAUAGUCCCGAGUUGAGGUAUGCUCUGGCUCGAGACAGGUCUGGAACAUGGCAACUGGGCAAGUGCAGUACCGUGCCUGGUUAGAGGCGGGAGAGGUCAAGCAGGCUGAGGAUAAGAAUAGCAACACGGAAGCAGCAUUUGAUGUGGAAGAUGUAGGCAAUACCUACGGCUGUAUGUUCAAGAUGAUGGCU